CUUGCCCGGUCAAUCAGGUGGCUUAAGGGAUGUGCGGUCGGCGGCGCCGGCGGAGCGCGAUGUGGCUGUGGAGGGGCUGCUGGGCGGCGUCUCUUCUCGGCGGAGGGCUGUGGCGCGGCUGCGGCCUCGGCGUUCCCUCCAGCGUCGAUCGGGAGCCGGCAGCCGCAUGAGCUAUAGGCAGCUUUCCCCGCGGGCAGCCCUGCCCCCUAAUGGAGGAGCCCUUCCGUCCUCCUCCUCCUCCCCCUCUCCUCCUCCCGCGCAGCCCCCUCCAGCCGCCGCUGCCGGGGGAGGCUGAGGGGGAAGGAGCGGCGGCGGCGGCGGCGAGCCCCGCUUGGGGGAAGGCGGAAGCCGCGGCCUCGGGCGACAGCGCCGACGGGGCAGGCCUCUGGACGGCUGUCUUCGAGUACGAGGCGUGCGGCGAGGACGAGCUGAGCCUGCGUCCGGGCGACGUGGUGCAGGUGCUCUCCAGGGACGCGCUGGUAUCCGGCGACGAAGGCUGGUGGACGGGCCAGAUCGACCAGCGCGUCGGCAUCUUCCCCAGCAACUACGUGACCAGCAGCGGGGGCAGCAGCAGCGGACGCCGCCUCCGCCUCCAGGAAGGGAGGAGAUCGGAUCUCCAGGCUGCUAGUCCGGCCAUCCAGUUGCUGGAAAUUGACUUCUCGGAGCUUAUUCUGGAGGAAAUUAUUGGCAUAGGAGGUUUUGGGAAAGUUUACCGUGCAAUUUGGUUUGGAGAGGAAGUUGCUGUCAAAGCAGCUCGCUAUGAUCCAGAUGAAGACCUCAGUGAAGCCAUUGAGAACGUCCAUCAAGAAGCCAAGCUCUUUGCUAUGCUAAAACAUCCCAACAUAAUUGCCCUUAGAGGUGUAUGUCUAAAGGAACCAAACCUUUGCCUGAUUAUGGAGUUUGCCCGUGGAGGCUCAUUAAAUAGAGUGCUGUCUGGUAAAAGGAUUCCACCAGACAUUCUGGUUAACUGGGCUGUCCAGAUUGCUGAAGGAAUGAACUAUCUGCAUGAGGAAGCAAUUGUUCCUAUUAUCCACCGGGAUCUGAAGUCCAGCAAUAUAUUGAUCCUUGAAAAAGUGGAAAACGGAGACCUGAGCAACAAAAAUUUGAAGAUCACUGAUUUUGGCUUGGCCAGAGAAUGGCAUAAGACUACUAAAAUGAGUGCAGCUGGAACAUACGCUUGGAUGGCUCCUGAAGUUAUCCGUUCAUCUAUGUUCUCUAAAGGCAGUGAUGUGUGGAGUUACGGGGUAUUGCUUUGGGAAUUACUAACUGGGGAAGUACCAUUUCGAGGAAUUGAUGGCCUAGCAGUAGCUUACGGUGUUGCUAUGAAUAAACUUUCGCUUCCUAUUCCUUCAACGUGCCCAGAACCUUUUGCCAGGCUGAUGGAAGAUUGUUGGAAUACUGAUCCUCAUUCAAGACCAUCCUUUGCAAAUAUUUUGAAUAAACUAACUAAUAUAGAAGAAUCUGGUUUCUUUGAAAUGCCAAAAGAAUCAUUUCAUUCCCUGCAAGAAGAUUGGAAAAUUGAGAUCCAGGAAAUGUUUGACCAACUCAGGGCCAAGGAAAAGGAGUUGCGGACGUGGGAAGAAGAGUUAAAACAAGCAGCAGUUCAACAGAAAAACCAUGAAGAACUACUACGGCAACGCGAGCAAGAGUUGGCAGAACGAGAAAUUGAUAUUUUGGAAAGGGAACUCAAUAUCAUCAUCCACCAACUGUGCCAGGAAAAGCCCCGUGUGAGAAAACGCAUGGGCAAAUUCAGGAAAAAUCGGCUCAAGUUGAAAGAUGGCAAUCACAUCAGUCUUCCCUCUGAUUUCCAGCACAAAUUCACCGUGCAGGCAUCUCCAACCAUGGAUAAAAGAAAAAAUUUGAUCAACAACUGUGCUAGUCCUCCUGCCAGCCCUACUAUCAUUCCUAGACUCAGGGCCAUCCAGUUAACCCCUGGUGAAAGCAGCAAAACCUGGGGACGCAGCUCUGUGUUCCAGAAGGAUGAGGAAGGAGAAGAAGAAAAAAGAGGCCAGAAGAAAAAGGGUCGAACAUGGGGGCCAGGUACUCUUUGCAUCAAGGAGCUAACAUCAAGUGAGGAUGGCCUAAAGUCCCUGGCAGAUGGCGCUAGACAGUGGUCAUCUAGUGCUCCAAACCUUGGAAAAUUCCAGCGAACAAUAGUCCCUUUCCCUGGGUUUGCAAGCCUAAUAGAGAUGGACAAUGAAGACAACGAUUCUUUGAACGAUACAGAGAGCAAGAUGCAGCAAUCCCCUGGAUUUAACCAAUCAUACCUCUGUAUCCCGUUUCAAAAGACUGAUGACUGGGAUACCCACUCGAGUGAUCCAAAUGAAGAGACUACUCCAGUGAACUCUUGCACAAGCACUCCUCAGCUCACUCCCACCAACAGCCUCAAACGUGGGGGCUCCCAGUAUAAACAAUGUCAGUUGGCCUUUCUAGGCUGUGGGGCUGUGUUGGCUGCUGCUGGCCUAGGUUUUGAUCUUUUGGAGGCUGGCAAGUGCCAGCUGCUAACCCAGGAAGAUCAGGACAUGUCCAAGGAAGAGAAAAAGAAACGGGAAAGUAUCUUCCAACGGGCUGGUCUAUCUCGGAGGAGUACCAGCCCGCCUUCAAGGAAGAUCUUCAAGAAAGAAGACCCCACAUUCUUGUUAGGCGAACCAUCCAGUUCUCUGACUCUACUCUCUUUGUCUUCAAUUUCUGAAUGUAACUCCACCCGUUCUUUGCUUCAUUCAGACAGUGAUGAAAUUGUGGUAUACGAGAUGCCUGUUAGCCCUGUGACAGUGAAGGCUCCCUUGCCAGUAGUUACUAACCCGCUAGUUAAUAUUCGAGUUGAGAGAUUCAAAAGGAAUCCCAACCAGUCUUUGACACCUACACAUGUGACUCUUUCUUCUGAAGCUCAGCAGCAGAGGCAUAGGCGCACUCCCUCGGAUGGUGCCAUAAAACUGGCUGAUCUCGUUCCUAAUGGAGAUUCUUCCAGUAACUGUCCACCAGGAGUGCUGGGAACAGGUAUAAUAAAAACUCCCAGUCCAAGUCAGGGUCCAAAUGAAGUCCCUCGUCUGCCAGAUCCCAACCUCAUCUUCCCUCCAACCCCCAGGCGUUAUAGUGCUCAACAGGAUUCCAUGUUGGAGAGACCCAAGACCUUGGAAUUCCUACCUAGGCCACGCCCUUCAGCUAACAGGCAGCGAGUUGAUCCCUUGUGGUUUGUAUCCCCAAGUAAGGCUAGGGGUGAAUCCUCUGCUAAUAGCUCCAGUACUGAAACUCCCAGUAACCUGGAUUCCUGCUUUGCCAGCAGUAGCAGCACAGUUGAAGAGCAGUCCACGCUGCUUUCUUUUCGUGUCAGGCUGCCUGAAGAGGAACGGACACUGCUGGACAUGGAUGUUGAAGGUCAGAAUCAGGACAGCACAGUGCCGCUAUGCAGAACAGAACUCAGAAGACAUAAAUCUACAGCAUAUGAACUCAAGCAAGAAUUUUGGUCCUAGCAUGAAAUCCACAAGGGGCUGGUAAGCUCCGUUUUGCUUCAGUUCUACUUCUUGCACUAAGAAUGCACUUUCAAGCCAGGUAAAGUAGGAAGUUGGUGCUGAGACCAUAUCACAUUUCUUGGUCCACUACAGAACUGGUAUUGGGGAACCCCGUUUUUUAUAGCUGCAUGUGGCUGAGCUACACAGAGUUGCUGACUCUUUUUCUGGGGUUUCUUGUAGUCCUUGUUAAACUGCAACAAGCAAUGCGACGACAUCUAAGCCCCUGUUCUUGAUUUUCAAGAAUACUAUGAUAAUUUGCAAAAGUAGACAUCAGUGUUUUACACUGUUAGAGAGCAGGAAAUUGUGUAAAAAUGUUCCUGCACCAGCACUCUUGUCACACUUCAUGUUGUUUUUCUCUCUCAAUGCUCUAAACCAGGGCUGUGUCAAAUCUUGGCAACUUUAAGACUUGGGGGACUUCUAACUCUCAGAAUCCCCCAAUUUGAAUUCUGGCAGUUAAAGCCCACAAGUCUUAAAGUUGCCAAGGUUGGGACAUUCCUGUGCUAAACUAAUUUCUUCUUCUUCUGCCCUUCUCCUUUUCUGUGUGCAUAUGAAACUUCUUUUGAGUCUGAAUAUUGUAGGCAUGGGGGAUUCAAGGCUAUCUGCAGGAAGCCUUCAUUGUUUUCAGUUGACAACAUUGUGGGUUUUGACAUUAUAAUGCAAGCUCUGCUCCUUAUGCUGUAUAUUUGUUUGUAGUACAGCUCCUAUAUAAAAGGGGCAAAGUUUGUGCUGCACCUUUUAUCAUUUGCCCCUUUGACUCCCCUCCUCACUCUGAGGGGUUUGGUUCCUUAUAAAUAAUGAACUUGCCAACAUCAUAUAAAGCAUGUAUUCAACUAUAUUGAAUGAUUUCUGUUGAGAGGUAGAGAGCCUUGAGUUUCAAAGUUGCCUAUUUUCAAGCUCCUGAAGUCAGCUAUUUUGGAUGGGUAAAUGAAUGCAGAGUUAAUCAGGGCAGAAUCACCAGUGGGAUGUAUGUAGUGGGAAGGCUCUGAUAGUGUGGAAGAAUUGGGACACUGAUACUUUGAUCUAGCCCAAUCAUGUAAAAACACUUUUACAUCUUCAAAAUUACAGAAGAUUUGGGUUGCAAUUAGAAAGUGGUAUAAUUCAAUGGGGGGGAAAACACAGAAUUCUGCAUUCCUUGCACAGAUUUUGGCAAUAUUUUUCAUGAAAAAGUUGUUAACUGCACAUGCCUGUUUCCACCUAAUCUUCUGACUAGGAGUCUAAAGUUUUGAUACAGAUUAGCUAGCCACGUAAGGCAAGCAACAUGCAUUGAUCUCUUAUUGCCAUAUUAUGUGAUUGGGUCUAUUUCUCAUUUUUUUAUUUCAGCUGCUUCUAAUAUUUGGUUUUUAAAAAGAACUGAAAAAACUAACUCGUCCUAUACUCUUAGGCUACAUAUUUAACUUCAGAUUGUGGGAUGUUUUCUCCCUAUUGUAACUAUUUUGAUUUUUUUUUUACUUGUUUUUGUCUGACAAUAAGUGGCUACAGUUCCUUACUUUGAACCGUAAGCUGGCCACUUGUGAAGAAUGUUAUACAAAUUUUUGGCACCAUUGUUGCCUAAAAACAUGAAUUCUGACAAUUCAGGCUUAACUUUGCUUGUGCCGCCAGCUUCUUGUAUGACAUUGGGCAAAUCAAUUUGCCAUAUGUGCCUCAGUUUCUCCAUCUGUACUAAUAGCUACCUCAUGCAACAGAAGUGUAGACUUACUGUGCAAGUGGGAACUUAUGCCCUCGGUAGAAGUAGACAAUUUACUUUACGUUAAGAAAAGUUACAUAUGAUGAAAAAAUCUCUCUCUUUGUUAUAAAGUAUAGGCUAGGUAAAUCUUGAACUAGUUCCAUAUCAGUUUAUUCAUCUAGCUGGGCCUAGAGAAUACAAUCGUAAUAAUCAGCAUGGAAAAACACUUGCACACUUAUGUAGUCUGGUGCAAUGGCUUGUAUCUUUCUAGGAUCAAAUACUGCUGUUUUGUAUGCUUAACAUUUCAUCUCCAUAUUGUUCCAGUUAUAAGCAUUGGCCAGCCUAGGCUAGACAAUUCCUAAGCUGCUAAUGGUGGCUUGAACUUUGCUCUCAUCAUAAUCAUGUUUGGUCUUGUCUCAAUUCCAUUUUUUAAAAACAAAUGAACGUUAUUUGGUAUGGCUUUAAUGAAGAAGGUGCAACAGAACAAUUGGAACUUUGGGGAGAACGCAGGUAACCAGGGCUGUGAAAAAUCAUCUUCUGGGACAUUUCAUAAAGUGACUGAAGCACCCUUCAGAUUCACUAUUCAAAAUGUCUAGGUGUUGCAUCCUGUUGAAAUCUCAGGGCAGCCAUUUUGAGAAAUUCCCUAAAUUAUCAGAACAUGCAUGUGGGCCUGUUGCUGAAGCAAACUGAAUGGUUAAUAAACUCUUAGAAUCUCCAAUCUCUAACUGCAUGAUUAACAUUAUAGUGCACAUUGCAAAAAUUGACUCUAAGAAUAGCAAACUUAUCAAAAGGCAAUUAUUUCCAAAUGUCACGUAUAUUAUUUCAUAUAUUGAUUUAUUUGAAUUCCACUUUUUUUUUUUUGCAAGAGUCUCAGGGCAAUGUACAUUGUCCUCUCCCAUUCCAUCCACCAUAUCUUUGCAAUAAUGGAUAAUGUGAGAGCUUAUUAAAUAUCUCUUAGUGAGAUUAAUAUAUCUAAAUUGGAUUUAAACUUCAGUAUCCCCAUUUCACAUUCAUCUUUCAAACACUAUGCCAUGAAAUAUGAAUGAGCAGAGAAAGCUUCUAAGAAAGAAGAAGUCAGAUUGUCAUAGUGGCUCAUAUGCUUUGCUCUUACCUACAGUGUAUAUAAAAUCAGUGGAUUUCAGUGUAACCUGACAGGCAACCAUUCUAUAAGAAGAUUACAUUUUUAAAAUGGAGUACUUUUUAAAACCUUAUUUCCAAUUCCCAUACCUACUUCCAAUCAAUAUCACAUAGGAAGUUCUGUACCAUUAGCUUUUCAGCACUUCAACACAAUAUUAACACAUGCACACACACAGACAGACAGACAUAGACAUACAUGUACAUGUACACCAGUGGUGGAUUGCCCCCAGUUUGGACCAGUUCACAAGAACCGGUAGUAAAACUGGCGGGAGGCCCCACCCACGCCCCGAAUGUCAUCAUUAGCGAUCUGUGCAUGCGCAUGCGCGCGAUCCAUUGUGAUUGGGUGGUAAAGGUAAGUAGAACCCACCCCUGAUCUACACGUACACACAUACAUACAUACACACAAAUCCCCAACUCCACCAUGUAUUGCACUUUGCUAGGGGAAAAUUCCAAAAUUAUUUGCACAACUUCUGUUUAUGAAUAUGCAAAUUACUAAUGCCUAUUUUUUCAUGUCAGGAAAAAUGGACUUGUUAUCAAGCUGUCCAUCUGAGGAAAAUGCUGUAUGCUGGCUAGAGAGAACUUUUCACAUAUACAUCCUUCUUUACAAAAAAAACAAACAAACUGGAAUUUGUGAUAUAAUAAGCUAACUAAACUGUGGCUUGUCACAAUGUGCUAAAGGUGGUAUUCUGUAUCAUGAUUGGGCACAUAGGCUAGCCAUGUUUUCCACAUGAAUCUUUCAUAUUAUUCCAUACCUAUGAGCAAACUAUUUCUUUUCUUUGAGGAUAGAGUGUGGUCAAUUUAUUACCCUAUAAAAUAGCAGAAUUUUAGCACACUGUAAUGUAAGUAUCAAUAUUAUUUAAAUGUUUGUUUGCUCUCCAGAUCUGAGAUUAAAUGUUUUUAAUGGAUAUACUUUGAUUGUUUAUCGCUGCCGUCAUCACACACACACGCGCACACGCACACGCACAAGUUUGGUAGGCAAAGUUUUGAAGAUUGCUGUGCACAGUUGCAGACUAUAUAUUGAUUGUGCAUUUGACAGCUUCAAGAAUAUUACAGGUAAGUAAUCUGUUUCUUCUUUUAUAUUUUACCACCUCUAACUAUAUGUAAUGUGUGUGUGAGGGAGACAAAGUUGCUUAUCAAAUCUACUUCAAUCUAUAUCUGCUGAAAUUUAGAAGUGUAGUUGGGCCAAAAUCUACCUGCUGUAAUCAUAAUCAGCCAUCUCUGGAUCCUUUUUUUUCUCUCUCUCUCUCUCUUGAUUGGGUGUGGUUUGGUCUUCUUGAAAGACUACUCACAUGGAAUAAUUGUACAUGCGUGAUGUAUUUCACAGGUUAGCUCCUGUGGUCUUGCAUGCCCUGGUUUGGAAUGCGGCCAUUUUAGGUUGUUGUUAGUUUAGGUACACAUAACAAGUGUUUUGCGUGGCAACGUAUAGAGAAAGUUGGAUCCUUGGUUUCUUCUCAUUCAGUCUGGCAUGAUAAAAUCCAUUGGGGUUUCUGUCCCAAUAUGAUGUUUGUUAAAAUCUUGCUAUAAAGGCUGUAGUACAAGGAAGGUAUGUUUUUGUCCCCAGUCCAUUGUUACAAGUUUUUGUAUGCUAAACACUCUGUGUUCUUCAUUUUGUGAUAGUGGUUAAGUGACGUGGAAGUUUGCCUUUUUGUUUGUACUCAGCGGCAAGUUAGGAAAAGGGUGGGAGAGUAAUUUUAUUUUUUAAAAAGUGUUACAGCCUGUCGCCUUUGGAGUUUAAAAAUAUUGACAGCAGUGACUGGUUUGUUUUACUCUUGUGGAUUACAUCGACAGGUUACAUUUGCUGUAAUUUAUUGUACUUUGGGUUUUGUCAAUGUAUUAUGUAUAUAUCUUUAUUGUGUUUUAAUUUAUUUUAUGCCAGCGAACAAAAUGUAAAUUGAAUAAGCUGAUUUCCUUUUCUCUUUUUUUCCCUGAAUGUAUUGGGGGGAAAAGGUAAACCAAGGAUGCCAAGCAGGCUUGGUUCAACGGCUAAGAUUACCAUUGUAUUACAGUGUAAUGCUAUUCUAGGCCUUGUCUCAACAUUAGAGCACACUUACUUGAAUAAAAUUGUUAAACAUUAA